AUUUGACUUUUAUUCAAAAUUAAUAUGUAGCUUAUAAGAGCAACUCCAAUGGUUAUAAAAUGGACCUGCUCACAAAAAAAAUGAAUAUGUGAGCAGGUAGCCCACCAUUGGUACAACAAUGACAUAAGCAGCUGUUAAAACCUUGUAGCUAUUUUGGGCUACGUAGCUCAAAAAAAAAAUAGCUCAAAUAAAUAAAUUAUUUAAAUUAAAUAUUAUAGGGAGCUACAAAGUGUUGUAGCCUACCAAUGUGAUAACUUGUAGUUUUAAUCAAUUGUAGCUAGAAAUUUGACGUGGCAAAGUUAGCCACAACAUCUCGUAGCUCACCAUUGGAGUUGCUCUAAACCGUGCAUCGCACGGGUACUAUACUAGUACUCAUAGCAGUUGAAAUAACUUGUAUUACACAGAAAGCUACUGAAAUACUCUUGUCGUUUUUCCUUAAUCCCUCUGCUUAGAAGAAUGCGAAAUUGAUCCCACCAACUUGCUCCCAGCUCCUUUGAUUAACUCGAUUUCAUUUCACUUCGUUGAAUUGUAGACAUUGACAGUUUUGACUUUCUAUCUUAGAAGAUCUUGAUUCAUAGGCCUCCACAAAAUACUGCUUAAUGUUUACAUAGAUAGAAGUUUGUGCAGAAAAUGUUCAAAGGGUUUUUGCUAGGACUUAAUUACCUCAUGGCCUUCAAGUGAUGAUGGUCUUUCUCUUGAAUUUGUGGGUGAGAAUUCGUCUUCCAAAAUCAAAGAAAUUGAUUUGUCAUUCAUGUUUCCGUUUGCAAGAUCAAGAAGAAACUCAGCCGUAUUCAUAGGUCUAAGUGAAAACCUCAUGGAUCCCAAAAACGCUGCAGAGAUGUUGAAGCAUUUUGAGAAGCAGAAUGAGUUGCUUGACGAUGCUUAUAAGAAAAUGUCUCAUGAAUUGCAUAGGCUGCAGGUAGAAGAAGAAAUGCUAAUGCGUAAGUUCUUUGAGCUCACAUCUGCUUUGGGCUUGAAUAAAAAGAGUGCAGUGAACAAAAUGGCAUUUGAUGAUGGAGAGAAUGAAGAACCUAAUACACAAGCGGAUCGAUGCAAGUACUGAACAACAGUCACUUUCACAAGAGGAGAUCAGCUUCAGUCAGCUAGUAGCUGCAAAAAGGAACAACAAUGUAGUUGUAGGAUGAUUUUCAGCUUCAGAAGUCUAGGGAUCUUAACAAAAUUGAUUUUUUGUUUAAAUCUUCCCGUUUAACGAUUAUAAAUGAGGUUACUAGAGAUAUUUUGAGAUAUUUUAAACAUGUCUUGUAUAAAGCUGUAUAUACACAAGAAUUUUUUUUUAUACAUUUUGUUUUGGGUUUGAAUUUGAAAGCAAAAAUUUCCCUUAUGGGGAA